AUGGGAAAUACAUCUUGGAGAGCUCGCCGCGGCCUACUUCGAGCUAUUGCCAAAUUGAAUUCACGAUCGGAACGAAACAUAACAUUAACAUUUAAACUGGACUCGAGCGAAUUGUCCGCUCAUGGUGGUGCAAUAAGCGGAGAGAUUGCGUUGAGUCGAUUGUUGCUUUCUGCUUCUCAUGCUCGUCUUGCCAAUCAACCACCUCGUAAUGGAGCAAAAAUUCAAUUGCGUUGGUUGGCGGCGAAAGUAGAAUGGAUGAGCAGAGCAAUUCUAAUUGGACGUUGCGAAAAGCCUGCCAUUUCAUUGGGAGAUGAGUUUUCACGAGAGAAAAAUGAAGCCGGAGAGUAUAUUCGCGCGUGCGUACGGUUGAAUGUGAAAGGAUCAUGGGAGGAUUUGCAAGUAGUAAUUACAAGAGGAACUGUGGAUGAUAUACAAAAGAUAGUCAAUAAGCUGAAGACAUUCUUUGAGGAACAACUGAAAAGCUCCAAAAUGGUCUGGGGUAUCCAGCAGAAAAAUACAGGGUCUGCUUCUCAACCCAAAGAUGAGAUAGCGCCAUCAGUUAUUAAUGGUAAAGAAGUUAAGGUGCUCGAUUCAGUCACAGAAAUACAAUUCAAAGAGAAGAUUCUACCUAUCCCGCAACAUGGAGAAACAGUGGUGGGUGGCUUUGUUGGAUUAGAGGCUGCUCGCGUGUCACUAGCAUGCAUGCACGGUGAAAUGAAUGCACAUAGUUGGGCACUAUUCCAUAUGCGCCAUCCUGGCAUAGUUUUCACACCGGAAGCGAAAUUUUCAUACAUUGAUAGGGAUGAAGAUGUUAUAGGUUUGUAUGAUUAGCC